UCGUUUUAGAGUUUCCAUACUUAGUGUCUACUUUCCGAGUAAAUAGUUAGGAGGGUAACGUGAAAACGCAUGUGAGUGAGGGGAGACUGCUGAUUUGUGUCUAAAACCGUUUUUCCAAUUCUGCUAAGUAGUUAUUGGAUCAGAUCAUAAAAAAUAAAUAAAGAGAAGGAAAGGGAUUCCGAUCAGCUCUCACAACACUCUGCCAUCUGCUGUGACUGUCCGUUUUGAGUUGGGGUUAUGGAGGUUUCGUCGUUUUCAACCACCUGCAAACCACUCCACCACUCUCCCUCACCCUCAGAUGCAUUUCGACUGGAAAGAACAUGGUUUCCCCGGCGGAAUCAGGUUCAUUUGUUUCCGACAAAGAUAGCCUUGAGGCCUUUAGUGGGUCAUACUGGCAUUUUAACAUGGAAAACACAAAAUGCCCAGGCAUUGAACUGUCAAUUGAAGGAAGUUCCCAUCAUAGAGGCAGGGUGCAUGGAUGAAAUAUAUGAUACCUUGGCUGAACGACUUCUUCCCACUGCAGCAGCUGAAUCAAAUCCCAAUUUUAAGCAUAUUGUUGGUCUUUGCGGGCCUCCUGGUGCUGGGAAGAGCACUGUUGCAUCUCGGGUAGCUCGCCGUGUCAAUGAGUUAUGGCCUCAAAGGUCUUCUUGCUUUGAUUCUCAAGUUGAGUCCCCAGAAGUUGCAAUCGUGCUUCCCAUGGAUGGAUUCCAUCUUUAUCGUCAUCAAUUGGAUGCAAUGAAGGAUCCAGAGGAAGCUCAUGCAAGAAGGGGAUCUCCUUGGACAUUUGACCCUGAACGUCUGCUGAGAUGUCUCACGAAUCUGAGAAACAAGGGUUCAGUGUAUGCCCCAUCUUUUGACCAUGGUGUGGGUGAUCCUGUUGAAGAUGACAUCUUUGUGAGCCUUCAGCACAAAGUAGUGAUUGUUGAAGGUAACUACUUGCUUUUGGAUGAGGACAUCUGGAGGGAUAUCUCAUCUAUAUUUGAUGAGAAGUGGUUCAUUGAUGUUGACAUUGAGACAGCAAUGCAACGGGUCUUGAGAAGACACAUAUCCACAGGAAAGCGUCCUGAUGUUGCUAAAUGGCGGAUAGAUUAUAAUGACCGGCCCAACGCAGAGCUGAUUAUCAAGUCAAGCAAAAAAGCUGAUCUGAUAAUCAAGUCAGUCGACUUCUCAAGGUGAAUCACACGCUAAUAAAAUAAUAGACUCGUAUGUUCAGCUCAACCUUUAUUUUGUGGAUAAAAUUCCAGUAAUGGCUGAAUGCUGCUUCUGUCAAUAAAUCUGUAAAGAGACCCAUCUUCAUUCUAUUAAGUCUGUGUGUCCAGCACAGUUAAUAAAGCUUUACAUUUCAUUUCUGUAAAUUUAGUUGUUUAUACCA